CCGUCACGUGCGGCGGCCAGGCCUCCCAGCUUCGCAGCCCGCCCGGCGGGGCUGGGGGGGCGGGGCCCGAGAGCUGCUGCGCCUGCGUUGUGGACGUUCUCGGAGAGCAGCUGCGGCCGCUGCUGUUACCACCUCGCUUGGGUGUAGAAUUUGGAAUCCCUGCGCCUUGGUAACAAUGAAGCAGAGUUCGAACGUGCCGGCUUUCCUCAGCAAGCUGUGGACUCUUGUGGAGGAAGCCCACACCAACGAGUUCAUCACCUGGAACCAGAAUGGUCAGAGUUUUCUGGUUUUGGAUGAACAAAGAUUUGCAAAAGAAAUUCUUCCCAAAUACUUCAAGCACAACAACAUGGCAAGCUUUGUGAGGCAACUGAAUAUGUAUGGUUUUCGUAAAGUAGUACAUAUCGACUCUGGAAUUAUAAAGCAAGAGAGAGAUGGUCCUGUUGAAUUUCAGCAUCCCUUCUUCAAACAAGGCCAGGAUGAUUUGUUAGAGAAUAUUAAAAGAAAGGUUUCAUCUUCAAAACCAGAAGAAAAUAAAAUUCGUCAAGAAGAUUUGACAAAAAUUAUGAGUAGUGCUCAGAAGGUUCAAAUAAAACAAGAAACUAUUGAGUCCAGGCUUUCUGAAUUAAAAAGUGAGAAUGAGUCUCUUUGGAAGGAGGUAUCAGAAUUACGAGCAAAGCAUGCACAACAGCAACAAGUUAUUCGAAAGAUUGUCCAGUUUAUUGUCACAUUGGUUCAGAAUAACCAACUUGUGAGUUUAAAACGUAAAAGGCCUCUACUUCUAAAUACUAAUGGAGCCCAAAAGAAGAAUCUCUUUCAGCACAUAGUCAAAGAACCAGCUGAUAAUCACCAUCAUAAAGUUCCACACAGUAGGACUGAAGGUUUAAAACCAAGGGAACGGAUCUCAGAUGACAUCAUUAUUUAUGAUGUUACUGAUGAUAAUGCAGAUGAAGAAAAUAUUCCAGUUAUUCCAGAAACAAAUGAAGAUGUUAUAUCUGAUCCCUCCAACUGUAGCCAGUAUCCAGAUAUUGUCAUUGUUGAAGAUGACAAUGAAGAUGAAUAUGCACCUGUCAUUCAGAGUGGAGAUCAGAGUGAACCAGCCAGAGAAUCCCUGAGUUCAGACAGUGAUAGCACCAGCCCACUCAUGUCUAGUGCCGUGCAGCUAAAUGGCUCAUCCAGUCUGACCACAGAAGAUCCAGUGACCAUGAUGGAUUCCAUUUUGAAUGAUAACAUCAAUCUUUUGGGAAAGGUUGAGCUGUUGGAUUAUCUUGACAGUAUUGACUGCAGUCUAGAGGACUUCCAAGCCAUGCUGUCAGGCAGACAGUUUAGCAUAGACCCAGAUCUCCUGGUUGAUUCAGAGAAUAAAGGAUUAGAAAGUACCAAAAACAAUGUAGUUCAACCGGUUUCAGAAGAAGGAAGAAAAUCUAAACCCAAACCAGAUAAGCAACUUAUCCAGUACACUGCCUUUCCACUUCUUGCAUUCCUUGACGGGAACCCUGCUUCUGCUGUUGAACAGGGGAGUACAACAUCAUCAGAAGUUAUGUCUUCUGCAGAUAAACCUAUAGAAGUUGAUGAGCUUCUGGAUAGCAGCCUAGAUCCAGAACCAACCCAAAGUAAGCUUGUUCGCCUGGAGCCAUUGACUGAAGCUGAAGCUAGUGAAACCACACUGUUUUAUUUAUGUGAACUUGCUCCUGCACCUCUGGAUAGUGAUAUGCCACUAUUAGAUAGCUAAAUCACCAAGAAGUGGACUCUCUGUGUAUAUAUUCAUCAAAAUGAUGAAUUAUUUAUUUUGAAGUAUCAUUUGGUACUUUUUUAUGUAAAUUUGUUUUGUUUAAUCAGAUACUGUGGAAUCUAAAGCACCUUUUGCUUUUCUCACUAACCACACACUGUUGCUCAGCUGUGUAAGUACACAAGAUUCAAUGCACAUUAUUGGCAUAUCUUUACGUUGGAUUCAGAUGGCCAUUUUUCUCCAUUUGCAGCAAAUUAGACUUCCUUUUUAUAUAUAAGCCCGUUAACCCCAGUUAAACUUUUGUUAUUUCGUUUGUUUGUUUUACUUGUUUGAUAUGUCUGACUGCAUUGAGUGUAAGUCACUAGAACUAAUGGUAGAACUCCUAAAGCUUUCUCUGUACUAGUUACUUUUAUUAAAUAUUUUUCACUUUGCUUAUUUUUAAAACCGGAAACAUAAAGUGCCUGUAUCUUGUGAAACUUCAUUUGUCUUUCUUGGUUCAGAGAUGUUCAUUCAUUCAGAGAAGUUCAUUCAUGUUCAACAGGAAAAGCAAAGUGUACAUGAGUACUUGCUAUCUGAUACGGUUCCAGCUUAACAUGCAUGGAAAAAGAAGGGAUGGGAUGGAGUCAGCCCCAUCCACUCAGAUGGACUAGUUUUAAGAAAAACUUUCUGGUUUGUGUUUUAUUGACCCAUGCUAUUUAGUAAAAUAAACAUAAUGAAUGUUGCGUUCUAGUGUGUGUUAAGUGUCUUCUUGGGAGGUGACACACACAUGUAAUAGUUGUUUGUUCUCAUAGGAAGCAGAUGGACUUAAGACUGUUUGUUGUUCAUUAUUCAUAAUUUGAGUCACACCAAUAUCUUUGUGCCCUAUCUGAAAAUAUAGACUGUAUU